AUGGGAUCCUCUCUUUGUUUCACUGAUUCUUAAAAAUCAAAAGAUGAACUAAAAUUACCAUUUAACAACCAUUGUAAAUAAAAUGGGCCUCCAAAUUUAUUCAAACCAACUCCUAUCGUUAAAAUAUUAAUAUUUGAUGAAUAAAUUGAAAAAGAGGAAACUGAUAUAAAUGAAUAAGAAAAUUAUAUUUAAAAUGAUUAAUCAAUAUCCUAUGUGGCAUAAUAAUCAGAAGAAAUUGAUAGCAAUCAAUAAAGACCUUGGAUAAAAAAAACUUAUGCUAUUGAAACUAUUAAUGUAUCUAAUUUUAAAAAUGAUGAAUAUAAUAAUAAAAACAACAAUACUUAAUAAAAAAAUAUCAGUAGAGAACAUACUAUAACGAAUAGAAGAAAUAAGUUCGUGAAAUAAGUUUCUAAUAUUUCAAUCUAAUUAGGACAAUAGGACUCAUUUUCUAAUGUAACUUAUGAUAAAAACUAAAUUAAGAUAAAGAGUCUAAAUAGGAAUUAAUGA